AUAUAUGACCCUUAUAGAGCAAACCCAAUUAGCCAUUCUGUUACCAAGGUCACAAGCAAAACAAAAAUAUGACCUUGAGAAAUGUUAUUUUGGUUGUUGUAAUAUGCUUAGUACUAAUUUUUUCUUUGAUUUUUCCAACCGUUUUAUCAAUUAGAAGCCAACAAAGCAGCAGCCUAACUCAGUGGUGCGACGAAACCCCGCACCCGGGACCAUGCAAGUUCUACAUGUCUCACGGCCACCACCGUUUCGGGCAGCCGAAACAGCCCUCCGAUUUUCGAAAGAUACUCGUUCAAGUUGCCAUUGAGAGAGCCUUAGAAGCCAGACGACAUGCGUUUCAAUUGGGUCCUAACUGCGAGAGCAAACCACAAAAGUCUGCAUGGGCUGAUUGUUUAAAGCUCUACGACGAUACUGUAUUCCAACUCAACCGAACCCUCCAAGGACUCGACACCAAAAAGAGAUCUUGUACGGACUUCGAUGCCCAAACUUGGCUAAGCACAGCUCUCACAAAUAUUGACACUUGUCUAGCCGGGUCGUUGGAGCUGAACGUUACCGAUUUCAUAAUGCCCAUAGCGUCAAACUACAACGUUUCGGAGUCUAUAAGCAACGGCUUAGCCAUAAACGCUGGGCUUGUGGACAAGAAAGAAUCCGAAGUCAGUACUGAUGAGGAUUUUCCUAGUUGGGUUUCGGAGACCGAAAGACGGCGGUUGUUGAAGGCCUCGCCGUCGUCAAUAAAAGUGAACCUCGUGGUGGCCAAAGACGGUUCGGGACAUUUCCGGUCAGUUCAGGCUGCUAUAAACGCUGCAGCCAGGAGGAGAAUCCAUAAUAGAUUUGUUAUUCGCGUCAAAAAAGGUAUAUAUAGGGAGAAUAUUGAGGUUGGGAUUAAUAAUGACAAUAUUAUGCUAAUGGGCGAUGGCUUGAGAAAGACGAUUAUCACCAGUAGCCGUAGCGUAAAGGCUGGCUACACCACCUAUAGCUCUGCCACUGCAGGCAUUGAUGGUCUUCGUUUCAUUGCUCGUGGGAUCACAUUCCAAAACACUGCUGGCCCACAAAAGGGCCAAGCAGUGGCACUGAGGUCAGCCUCUGAUCUCUCAGUCUUCUAUCGAUGUGCCUUCCAAGGCUACCAAGACACUCUCAUGGUCCACUCUCAAAGACAGUUCUAUAAAGAAUGUUACAUCUAUGGCACCAUAGACUUCAUUUUCGGAAACGCAGCUGUGGUCUUCCAAAAUUGCAUCAUCUACGUUCGAAGACCCUUAAAGGGCCAAGUCAACGUAAUCACGGCCCAAGGACGUAACGACCCAUAUCAAAGCACAGCAAUCUCAAUCCAUAAUUCUCAAGUACGGGCUGCGCCUGAUCUGUUGCCCGUGGUUGGGGGCUUUAAGACUUUCCUGGGCCGACCGUGGAAGCAGUACUCUAGAACCAUUUUUCUCAAGUGUUUUUUGGACAAUUUGGUGAGCCCAGCGGGCUGGUUGGAGUGGAAUAGAACGCCCUUUGCUCUGAAGACGUUGUAUUAUGGAGAAUAUAAGAAUUUUGGGCCAGCUUCAUCUACAAGACGCAGAGUCCGGUGGCCUGGUUUUCACGUCAUUACUAGUGCAAAAGUGGCGUCACAGUUUACCCCCGGAAGCCUUAUCUCCGGCAAGUCAUGGUUACCGUCCACCGGCGUGCCAUUCAAGCUCGGCCUCUGAAUCUGAUCAUGACGUAUGAGGAUAUAAUAUUGUUCAAUUUAUAUGUGAUUUAAUUAAUAUUUAUUUGGUGAAUUGAAUUUUGUGUGUACUAGUAUGUACAUACUUUUAACACAUUUUUUAGAGAGGAUUUUAUGAAGUGAUUUAAUCAAUAUUUAUAAAUAUUGUUGAUCAAUGAUCAUUGACAGCAAAAUAUUAUACCUUAUUACGCAUUUAUAUAACAAUCAAUUUAUGAAAAUUACGGCAUUGUUUUGGUAUCAUCUGCCAAAAGCCAAACUUCUUGAUUAUUCCAUUUGUUAUAAUUUUACUUUUAUUUCUAGGGAAAAAAAGGUGUAUUUUUCUUUUAAAUUAUUGGA